GGACUCUCAUAGCAGAGAGGAGACUUCUACAUCCAUGAUGUGAUUUUUAGGGAUUCUUAGAGCAGAGAGGAGACUUCUGCAUCCAUGAUGUACUUUUGGGGACUCUUAUAGCAGAGAGGAAACAUCUACAUUCAUGAUGUGAUUUUUAGGGACUCUUACAGCAGAGAGAGGACUUCUACAAACAUGAUAUGCUUUUAGGGACUCUUAUAGCAGAGAGGGAACUUAUACACCCAUGAUGUGGUUUUUUAGGGACUCAUAUCAGAGAGGAGACUUAUCCAUGAUGUGUUUUUAGGGACCUCCAGAGCCCACCGUUGGUUUCUAGUCCCUGCCUCACCUUCAGGCCAGGAUCCCCACUCACCAUAGAGGAAGGCCUCAGGCCAGAGGAGGCAGGUGUUCUGGGUGGGGGUGCCCUGCUCUUCACAAUCUCAGAUGCCACGUUGGCCUGGGAUGCCUUCCUUCAGCCCCACACCCACUUGGUGGUCAUGACCACCUCUUACACUGCCAAGGUCCUCAUCACUCUGUCAGCCGUUAAGGGUGGGAGACUCAUGACAGACUAACUGGUGGGUAAAUGAAGUGAGCACCCUCUCCCUUCCUAAAGGGCCCCCCAGAACAACCUUCCACCCCAGGGAAACGUGCUAAAGGAGCAAUAUUUCCAGCCUCCAUCUGUCUAAAGCCCAUAUUCUGUUUUGUUAAAUUGAGAUAUAGUUGAUAUAAAACAUUGUGUACCUUUAAGGUGUACUGGUGUUGAUUUGAUACAUUGAUAUGUCACAGUAUGAUUAUUACCCUGGUAAUGUUAGCUAACAUCUCUAUGGCAUCACAUAACACCUAUUUUUUUUUUUUGUGGUGGGACCAAUUAAGAUCUAGUCUUUCAGCAACUUUGAAAUUUAUGAUACAGCAUUGUUGUCUGUAAUCACUAUACUGUGACCAUGUUCUGUUUGAAGGCAUUUAUAUCCAAUUCCUGAAAACGACGUUAUGAUCGCAGCUUUAUUGAGAUACUCUUCAUAUACCACCAACUGCCCACUCAAAGUGUGCAUGUGGUUUUUAGUAUUUUCACAGUUUUGCAGCUAUCACCACAAUCAGUCUUAGAGCAUUUUCAUCACCCCCAGAAGAGACCCCGUGCCUUUUACAAAUCACCCAUCCCCUCCAGCCCAAGGAAACCACUAGCAUAAUUCACUUUUUUUUUUUUUUUUGCUGCGCCGCGUGGCUUGCAGGAUCCCCGACCAGGGAUUGAAGCCGUGCCCUCGGCAGUGAAAGUGCAGGGUCCUAACCACUGGACUGCAAGAGAAUUCCCCAUAAUUCAUCUCUAAAUGUUGGUGUUUCCAAUCAUUUGGGUGGUUUUCAGUGUUUUUUUUUCUUUUAAUUUUUUUAAAAUUGAAGUAUAGUUGAUUUACAAUGUGUUAAUUUCUGCUGUACAGCAAAGUGAUUCAGUUAUACAUAUACAAACAUUAUUUUUUAAAUAUUCUUUUUCAUUAUGGUUUAUCCUAGGAUACUGAAUAUAGUUCUCCAGGGACUUCCCUGGUGGUCCAGUGGUUAAGACUCCUCACUUAAAAUGCAGGGGGCGUGAGUUCCAUCCCUGAUUGGGGAACCAAGAUCCCCCAUGCCCUGUGAUGUGGCCAAAUAACAAAAGCAAACAAAAAAAAACCCCGUCAAAUAUAGUUCUCUGUGCUGUACAAUAGGACCUUGUUUAUCCUUGUGUUUCAUGAUGAUAAACAAUUACUACUCUGCACUCAGUUCCAGUGUGGGGCUUGCUCCCCUCACCAACAAGCCAAUCUCCAACACCAGCUGGGCGUCCUACAAGUCAGCUCAGUUCUGACGCUAUCCCACAGGUUAAGGACUCAGUCCUACAAGACUGCCACCUUUUACCCCCCACCCCCACUUCAGAUUCCGGUGACAAGCCCAGGUUGUUAACCUGUGCUUCUGACCAACUGGCUAUAAAUCAGAGGUUCCCAAGACCCCCCUCCUCGGGUUGGAUUAAUUUGCUAGAGCAGCUCACAGAACUCAGAAAAACGUUUUGCUUACUAGAACACUGGUUUAUUACAGAAUGUAACUCAGGAACAGCCAGAUGGUAGCACAGGCACAGGGCAAGGUGUGGGGAGAGGGCACGGAGCUUCCAUGCCCUAUCCAGAAAAUGUUCCUCUCCCCAAUCUCCACGUGUUCACCAACCCCGCAGGCUAACUAUAGAUUGAGACUAGGCUGGGACCGGGUGGCCUGACCCCUACUUCAAGGUCAUUCCCUCCAGUCCCAUUUCCACCUGGCGCUCUGGCCACACAGAAAUCCCCCCAGAUUACCCCCAGCCCUCUCCUCCCUCUUAGCCCUGACAUGGGCUCUCCCCUCUGCCUGUGAUGACUUCCCAAUGCAGUUCUUCACUUGACCAAACCCUGCUCUUGUACGAAGACUCAGCCCCAGUGUCACCUCCCACUAAGGGACAGAUGCUUCCUCGGUGCUCUCACCAUUGUAGCCCACUUCAUGUCACUCUGCGGUUACCUUCCCAGUCUGCCUCCUCACCACAGUGUAAGCUUGGCCAGGGCUGGAAGAGGCUGUUUGCCCUUGGAGUCCCCGGUGUUGGUAGAGCUUGUGGUCCUGCCUGUAGGAAGCCAUAGGUGUUGGGAAAACACCUGCAGGCAGGCAGGGAAUUGCUUCAAGACGGUGAAUGAACACGGCUUCAGUUCUUGAACCACACAAGGAGAGGAAAGCGUGGAGCAGAGAGACUGAAGUCCACUGAGCAGCAAAAACAAGUGGAAUAUUAUUCAGCCACGAAAAGGAAUGGAAUAUGGACUUUGGAUGAUUAUCAUUGUUUUCAUCAAUGCCCCGGACCCCGUCACCAUCACCUCCUGUAUCAGCACCUCGGGGGGCCACGGAGUCACCCUCACCUAGUCCUGCCCCCUGGGAGGCUAUGAGGCCUUUGAGUUGGAGGUGGGCGGGCCGGGACUCCAGGACAGCUCCUCUUGUGGGAGAGACGUGUGGGUGUCGGGACUUAGGCCGGCUCAGUCCUACCCAGCCACCAUCACGACCGUCUGGGAUGGAAUGAGGGCCCAGUCUGCCUCCGUGACCUGCCACACCGAGAGCACAGGGGCCAUCGUGGGAGCCAUAGUCAGUCCCCUUCUGUUUCUCAUCCUGGUGGGCCUGCUGGUUUUCUUCCUGAAGAGGAGGCAUAAGAAGAGUGAGAAGAAACCAGCACCCGGGGGUCUGGUGUUCAGCUUCCCAGGGGACGUCCUGGCUGAAGACUUUGCCGACCACGUCAGGAAACACGAGGACAGCGGCUGUGGCUUUGCUGAGGAGUACCAGCCGGCCCUGGAGGACCACAGCCAGUCCCAGACGGUGGCCUCAGCUCCGGAGAAGAGCGCCAAGAACCGUUACAGAAACGUGCUGCCCUAUGACUGGUCCCAUGUGCCCCUGACGCCCCUCCCUGGGGAGCCAGGCUCUGAGUACAUCAACGCCAGCUGCAUCCCGGGUCUCUGGAGCCUCCGGGAGUUCAUUGCAGUCCAGGGCCCCCUUCCCCACACUGUGGGCGACUUCUGGCGCCUGGUGUAGGGGCAGCGGAGCCCCACACUGCUCGUGCUGACCAACUGUGUGGAGUCUGCCCAGGUGAAGUGUGAGCAUUACUGGCCUCUAGACGCCCAGCCCUGCACCCAUGUGACCCUGGUGGGUGAGGAGGUGAUGGAGAACUGGACAGUACGAAAUCUGAAGCUCUGGCAUAUGCAAGAGCAGAAGACUUUAUCUGUGCGUCAGUUCCACUAUGUGACCUGGCCAGACCAUGGCGUCCCCCACUCUCCAGACCCCUUGCUGGCCUUCUGGAAGAUGCUCUGGCAGUGGCUGGACCAGACCGUGGGGGGAGGCCCCCCCAUUGUACACUGCCCCGCUGGCGUGGGCCGCUCGGGCACCCUCAUUGCCCUGGAUGUCCUGCUGCGGCAGUUGGAGAGUGAGGGUCUCGUGGGGCCCUUCAGCUACAUGAUGGAGAUGUGAGAAAGCCGGCCACAUAUGGUGCAGACUGAGGCCCAGUAUGUGUUCCUGCACCAGUGCAUCCUUAGGUUUCUGCAACAGUCAUCCCCAGUGCCCGCUGAGAAGGGGCCCACCUAUGAGAACCUGCUUUUCGAGAAUGUAGCUCCUACAGAGGCCUAAGCUGCGGGAGGGCUGAGACCCCAGCCCAUCUAGACUCAAAUUCUGCAUCCCUACUUCACCCCAGAUGCCUGGACCCCUGGGACAGCAGAGGGCUGGGGUCCCACACCCCUGGGCCCUGCAGGAAGAGGGGGCUGGCAGCCUAAAUUCCUGCUUUCCGGAGGGGGAGAGAGGUCAGGUGGGAGCCCAGAUCCUGGAUUUCCAGUUCCUUGAAGAAGGAGAGGGAUAGGAUCUAGGAUUUCCUUGUUGCUUUUUGAGGGAGGAAGAGGCUGCAGGGUCUCAAGGAAACAAGCUGAUUUCUGAGGAAGAAAGGAAGUAACAAGGGUCCAGAAUUGUGGCCACCCAAGGCGCGAGGGCAGGCCAGGCAGGAUCCUGCCCGUAUUUUACUCCAGAAACUGAAUCAUCAACCUUCGAGGAUCUGAGGUUUCCCUGCACCCCACUGCCUGUACAUAUUUUUUCUUUUAUCCCAUAAUUUAUUAAAUCACUAUGCUCCCCAGA